AUGAAUAAGGCCUCUGCUCGUAACACAUUAGAGACCUAUCCUCCUGCCUCUAUAGACACUCCAUUAGCUAACACUGCUCAAUGUGAUGCCUCUUCCACCUCUUCCAACUCUCAAUAUGGGAAAGGUGGUCAUAGUGGUCGCGGUGGGCGUGGACAAGUUCGUCGUGGUGGCCGUGGUGGCUGCUUUCCACAACCAGUGAUUUUAAGUGUUCCGGCCUUGGCUUCAAAUACAAGUUGCAAUUUUCCAGCAAUCUUCAACUUUGGGGACUCAAAUACUGAUACAGGAGCUGAUUCUGCUGCCUUCUCUCUUGUCACCCCACCCUAUGGGGAGUACUUUUUUCACAUGCCUGCUGGAAGACCUUCAGAUGGAAGGCUUACCAUUGAUUUCAUGGCUGAAAGAUUCAGAUUACCUAACCUCAGCGCAUAUCUCGAUUCAUUGGGAACUAACUUCAGCCAUGGUGCUAAUUUCGCGGUAUCGGGGGCAACAAUCAGGCCGUCGGAUAGAAGCCGAAUUGGGAGAGGACCCAGCCCCUUCUACUUGGAUGUGCAAGUCUCCCAUACUGGUGGAAUCUACACAAAUUUGUUACCCAAGGAGGAGUUUUUUGGUCAAGCUUUGUACACAUUUGAUAUUGGUCAAAAUGAUAUCGGUUUGGGUUUAUUCAGCAACCAAUCUUUAGCGAAAAUCAAAGCUGACAUUCCUGAUGUAAUUAGCAAGCUCUCCAUGAAUAUUCAGGCAGUGUAUGGUUUAGGAGGGAGAUCAUUCUGGAUCCAUAACACAGGUCCUAUUGGCUGUUUUGCAUAUAUCCUUACAAACUUUCCAGUGUGUAAUGCAUCUGACAUAGAUAAAGCUGGUUGUGCAACUCCUUAUAAUGAGGUAUCACAAUACUUCAAUCAGAAGUUGAAGGAAGCUGUUGUGAAAAUAAGAAAGCAACUUCCCUUGGCUGCCAUCACAUAUGUGGACAUUUACUCUGUCAAGUACCUCCUUAUGAGCCAACCUCAGGACUUUGGAUUUCAGCAACCACUGGUAGCUUGUUGUGGCUUUGGAGGAAAAUAUAACUUCAGCAAUACCGCACGAUGUGGGCAGACAGUAGUUGUGGAUGGGAAACGAACAUUCAUAGGAUCUUGCGCAAACCCUUCUGUUAGAGUUAACUGGGAUGGAAGCCAUUUAACUGAGGCAGCUAAUAAAUUUAUUGUCGAUAAAAUUGUGACUGGAAAAUUUUCAGACCCACCAAUCUCUUUACAAAAUGCAUGCAAUAGGGAUGCAUCUUCUGCAUAAUCAGAUUACCCUGGAUAGCUAGAGUUUGAUCUAUCUAUUGUUUGUAAUCUGUAUUGAUAAUAUGUCAUGAAAUAAUAAAGUCUUUUAUUUUUACCCUUUAAUUAA